GAUGAAUGGCGGGAUAUCUGGCCGGCCGGGAAUGCUGUGCUUCUCCAGGGCCUGGUGUUGAUGGGUGAUGGAGUAAGUCCUCCAUCUGCGUCAGGUCGCUUCUCUCGUUUGGUGACUCCCCAUCUCAAAGACGAUGGAGCCCCAGGCCGCGGCACUGGCCCUCAAGGGGUCCAGAGAGCCAAGGUACAGGUGCGGGGCGACGUGCCACCGUGGGAAGCUGUGAAGAUCAUCGGCAGCCUGGGAAGGGAGACCAAAUGGCAAGAUGCGCUGGCUCUGUUUUGGCCGCUGCAUCGGAAGAUGUCCUACAACACCAGAGUUUGGAACGCCGUGAUCAGUGCUUGUGCCAGUGGUGGAAGCCGAUCAUGGGAGGCUGCUCUGGGUGUGCUGGAGCGAUUGGAAGCUGAUCCCUACUGUGAUGCAGAUGUCUUUAGCUACAACGCAGUACUUGCUGCGCUCAUGAGCACUUGGCAAUUGGAUUCGGCCGUCCGGCUGCUGCAUGAUCUGCCUUCACGUCAGAUACAUCCUGACACCUGCUCCUUCAACACGGUGAUGGGUACCUUGGCAAGGCAACCGAAAUAUUGCAACAUCGUGCUCUCCAUGCUGGAGGAAUGUGGCAAAGGCCCUGGGCAAGAUGCGCAAAGCUUCAACAUUGCCAUUGCUGCCUGCUCCCGGGCAAACCAGUGGGAGAAGGCCGGAGAACUGAGACCGCUGCCGUUCCUGCAAGCGGCUGUUUUUGACUUUGGCCUUACAGUGAUUCAUGAUGAUUCAUGCUAUACCUCAGCCAUCUCGAGUUGCAAAGCCGCCUCACAGGCUGCGGAGCUGUUGCGCACCAUGAAAAGGGCCCAUAGCAUGCCAAAGCUCCCCAAUGCUCACUGCCCAGCAGCCUCGCUCAAACUUGUUGCAAUGAAGAUCAACAGGGCCAAGAGUCAACAAUUGGAAAUUACUACCAUCGCUUUCAACGCGAUCAUCGAUUCGUGCGAGAAAGGUGCUCAAUGGGAUUUGGCAUUGCACUUGCUGCAAGAGAUGUCGGAUGAGAGGAUUGCGCGCAGCACAUCCUCCUACAACUCUGCGCUUCGUGCUUGCGGUGCUUGCCGGCGUUGGCAAAGAUCCGCUGGGCUGUUGGAUGCCAUGGCAGCUGACAGCUGCAAGCCUGACAUUGUCUCCUUCACUGGGGUGAUUUCAGCUUGUGUACGGGGUCAAGCCUGGCAGCAGGCUCUGGAAGUGAGGAACAGCAUCGAUUCUCUGGGCCUGGAGUUGGACGAGGCCACCUGGACGUGUCUUCUCACAGCCUGUGCGGUGGGGCAACAGUGGCGGACGGCGUGGGGAUUCUAUGCGGAGUGUUUCAACCUGACCGGAAGGGAGCCCAGCAUCAUCAUCUCAAAUGCCCUACUUGGCGCGCUGGAAAGAGCAGGACGAUGGAGCGAGGCUCUAUACCUUCUGCAAAGGUUGAAAGGAAGAGGUGCCAACGAAGUGUCCUACAGUGCCACCAUUGGCGCCUGCGGCCGCAGCAGCCGCUGGGAGUGGUCUGUAUGGCUGCUGGCCGAGCUCCGACAGCAGGGCCUUGGGGUGCAAGACCCCGAUGCUGGCAGACGCUGGGCAAGGAGCGCCACCAAGGCCCCAGCCGUCGAUGGCAGGAGGCCCUACUGGUGGUGGGCGCCAUGCGCUCCACAGGAAAGCAAGGAGACCAAGGACGGCACCGAGGGCACCGAGGGCGCCCUGGGCUUCCAGGAGGAUACCACCGCAGACCCGUCCAAGGCCACCGAGGCCGUUGAGAAACCCGCAGAACCGGCAGCGCAACCGGUGAAGCCCAUCUAUUUGGCAGGCAGGGCCUUCACCAACCGAACCGAGCUGCAAGACCAUGUCAAGAAGAUCCAGGACUCGAAAGUCAACGAGGAUGCCAGCAAAGGUGAUCUGACCGUUGAGGAGAACCUCUUCAUUUUUCAUCUUCUGUUGCAUCAUCCCAAGGCGGUGGAGAAGAUGACGAAGCCCAUCUCGCACUUCAGAUAUGGCACCUAUGAUAAGUUCAAGAACAAGUGCUUCAUCAGCGUCGCUGUAGAUGGGACUGAGGAGGGCGUGAGUGCUGCUAAAAGCAUGAGCGUCAUAUUCCCAAACACCAGUGGCAACGGGGCCGCAGCCACCAGCUCUGCCACGGCCGGGCUGGUGGCUGUGCCUCCUCCUGACGAGAAGAAGGAGAAGGGGCAGAAACGAAAUCGUGAAGAGCGACCUCCCCCAGAGCCACGAGUCUUCGAGCCGCAGGAAAUGGUGAGAGGAUGUGUGGUAGACAUCAAAGGCUUACCGCCCAACGUGAACUACGGCAGGCUAAAAGAGCUGUUGAACGGUUGUGGCAAGGUGAAAUUCCUGCAGCUGUUGAAGGUGCCCAAGGCAUCCAAGGAACCUCCCCAGAAGAAGGCCAAGGUCGAAGAGGAGGGAGCGGAAAAGGCUGAUGCCGCUGAUGCCGCUGAAGGAGAAAAGGACGAGGAUCCGGCAAAGGAAGAGGAAGCAGAGGAAGAGGAGGAGAGUCCUGUGACGGCCCGCUGUCGUUUUGCUGACCCAGAGGGCGCCUCUGGAGCUCUUACAGCGCUGUCGGGUGCAGAGGUACAGGGCGCAACAGUGGAAGUUGCCCUUCUGGAAGGGGAGGAAGAAGAGGCUUACUGGGAAGAAAGCAACAGGAAACGAAAGGAAGCCUUUGAGAAUCCGAAAGGCAAAGGGAAAGAUGGCAAAGGAAAGAAGGGCAAAGGCAAGGGAAAGGGCAAGAAAGGAAAGAACAAAAGCGACGAUUGA